ACCAAAGAGCAAUCCAAUCCAAGAUCAAAUGACAACUUAAUCUUUUUGACGUUUAUGAUUUUGAGAAAGAAUUUUAGAUUUAAAAGGUGUUUUCAAUAAGGUUUAUUUUUUACAUCCGUAUAACAAUUAAACGAUGGAACUGAGAGGAUUACAAGACAAAUACUAAUGAGUUUCACUGCGUCCACAAUCUGUUCACGACCACCGUCCGACUGCAGUGUGACCGUUAUACGACGGCUAUUCGACUGCUGUACGACUGCUAUUUGACUGCUUAGGCUACUAACAGUGUGGUGGUGUACACGUUAUGUGCUACAUAUUCAAUUGCUUUGGGUGGACACUCGAUCUUAUACAAAGAUUCAUAACGUUCUUCCUGGCCUGCUGGCUGGCGUACGCGGUGGGGCUGGGAUUGGCGGUGGCCCUUACUGCCGGCAUCGCUUACGGAUACAACUAUUCUUUAGCCGAGUUCCUAACCUUCACAAGAUCCGACGUGACAGUAUACAUGAGGCGUGGUCAGUUCUACGACCGCCCUGAUAGUGCCAGAGGCUUUCGGAGAGCCGCUGAUGAAGAGAGCGAACAACAAGAAGUGACAUCUAACGAAGGAAUCGACUACCAAGAGCUCAGAAAAGAUAGCGAGGAUAAAAAACCUGCACCCCUCGGUGAUUCCUGGCAAAAGGCACAGGAUACCAGAAAAUACGCUGAGAGGCUCAUCAAGUAUGAACACAAACCAAUGCGAAGAAUUGAGAUGAGUGACCAAGCUGUGCAAGCUCAGGAAUUUACAGAACCAGAAACUAUGAGCACGACAAUAUCCUCGAUGGAAUUAGCACCUGCUUACUAUAUGCCUUCAACUUCCAUGUUGACACCUCUCAUAUAUAAGGUUACCACAGUCAUCUCGAUAACACCAAAUCUACUUCUGCCCACCGCUCUCUUUCAAAGCGGGAGUUCACAAAUCGUAAUGAGGAAUUUCAAGCCCGUCGAAGUUAUUGAAAAUACUCCGAGGACCACGCCUGUUGCUGAACAAAAUGCGUAUGGCGAUAGUGAUAAAGUAGGAAAUAUGGAUCUCAUAGAAAGUCCAGAUAAUUACGAACCAUCUCAUUUCAAAAACUUAGCAUUGCCGAUAAGUCAAUACGUUCAAAGAGCGAGACCUACGAUAAGUCAGCUAUCGUCUGAAUCGAAGGACGCUAAUGAAGAUGUUAAAAGUCCGACACCUACUACAGGUAUACCUAUGAGACGUUGGCAAGAAGGUACCCUGGGCAGGCCAGCGGAUUACCCAAUUGAAGAAUUUUACUUAACUUGAACUCUAUUGCAUUCACAACCAUGGUGUUAAUCGGUUUAAUAUUAAUAAUUGUAUUUAUACUAACAGCAUUGAUAUAACCAGAUGUAGAUACCUGUAUUUAAACGUAAUUUUUACUGUAACAUUUGUUGAGCUUAAUAAAACGAUUGUUUAAUACUGACUUUCUA